UGGCAAUGGCCCAGCCCGGCACGUUUAUAUUUCUUUUGACUUUGAUAUAAAUAUGUUGUGACCGAGAGAAAUGUUAUUUAUAUUUGGCAGAGCCCGAUAAGUGUGCGUGUUUUCGUCGACGCCGGUUUUCCACUUGAACACUACCGCCACCAAACUUACCUCAAGCAUCAUGACCACCUACUUCAACUACCCACCAAAGGAGAUUCAGGAGGAGCUGGCCCGCAUCGCCAAGCAGAUUGUUGCCCCCGGUAAGGGUAUUUUGGCCGCCGACGAGUCCACGGCCACCUGUGGCAAGCGUUUCGCUGAUAUCGGCGUUGAGAACAACGAAGACAACCGCCGCCAGUACCGCCAGCUGCUGUUCACCGCUGACCAGCGCCUGCAGGAACACAUCUCCGGCGUGAUCCUGUUCCACGAAACCCUCUACCAGAAGGGUGACGAUGGCACUCCGCUGGCCAAGCUGCUGGCGAGCAAGGGCAUUCUGGCCGGCAUCAAGGUCGACAAGGGUGUCGUCGAUCUGAUGGGCUCGGAGGGCGAAUGCACCACCCAGGGUCUGGACGAUCUCGCGGCCCGUUGCGCCCAGUACAAGAAGGACGGUUGCGACUUCGCCAAGUGGCGUUGCGUGCUGAAGAUCGGCAAGAACACGCCGAGCUACCAGUCCAUCCUGGAGAACGCGAACGUGCUGGCCCGCUACGCCUCCAUCUGCCAGUCGCAGCGCAUCGUCCCGAUCGUCGAGCCGGAGAUCCUCCCGGACGGUGAUCACGAUCUGGAGCGUUGCCAGAAGGUGACCGAAACGGUGCUGGCCGCCGUCUACAAGGCGCUGAACGACCAUCACGUCUACCUGGAGGGUACGCUGCUGAAGCCGAACAUGGUGACGGCCGGCCAGAGCUGCGCCAAGAAGCCGACCGCCCAGGAGAUUGCGCUCGCCACCGUGACCGCACUGCGCCGCACCGUGCCGGCCGCCGUGCCCGGCGUCACCUUCCUGUCGGGCGGCCAGUCCGAGGAGGAGGCGUCCGUGAACCUGAGCGCCAUCAACCAGGUGCCGCUGCUGAGACCGUGGGCCCUGACCUUCUCGUACGGUCGCGCCCUGCAGGCCUCGGUGCUGCGCGCCUGGGGCGGCAAGAAGGAGAACGUGAAGGCCGCCCAGGAGGAGCUGAUCAAGCGCGCUAAGGCAAACGGAUUGGCUGCACAGGCAAAGUAUGUCCCCGGUUCGAUUCCCUCGUACGCCGCAAACGCUAGCUUGUUCGUGAAGUCCCACGCUUACUAGAGAGGGAGAGAAAAGAAGGCCUACCCCUCUCUCUUGCUGCGUAUGCUCACCCGACCCAGUUCUCGCCCGACACCCCACGCGACCGAGAAGCAUGGAUGGCACGCGCAGCAACACUCCGACAACCGCGCGGACACUCAACGGAUAAGCUAGCUUUAGUGAAAACGAUCAUCGGCAUUCCAGCAAAUGAGAGAGAGAGAGAGAGGGAGCGUAGAGAUUGGAGAGAGAACGAGGGACUCAAUAUUUGAAGCGAACCGUGCAGGACACUUUUGUCGUCUCAAACACACACAAACACUAUCGGUGGAUCCUUACGUCGGGAGGAUUCAAUUCUUCGUCAAUUCGUUUUUUACACAUAUCACCAAAAAAACAAAACACACACAGGACACGUACAUAAACACUUAGAUGGAGUUGUUGAAUGGUUUUCUUUUUAACGUUGUGUUUUAUAUUGAUAUGAGUCUCGUUUGUUAAUUUGUACAUUUAAAAAACGCAACAAAACUGUUACUUUUUUAACUGUUUCCCCUCCCUAAAAGUGUGUUUAACGUUUUCUAGUAAUACAGUAUCCGUUUAAAUAGUACGUAACAGUACACGCCUCAAUUGUUCCUAAUCAUAUGUGUCGAUGUGUUAACAUUAUAGUAUGUGGUAUGUUUUUAAUCAGUGGGCCUGCGGACACACCCACCCUGCGGGGAGUACAAGGGGGAUUUGGAGGUUUUGGGUUGUAAUCAAUUACAACCGGCAAAACAACGCAACCGAUUGAUUUCAAACCCCUGAUCCCUCAUCCAGUACCGUGCAGGGUGUGUGUGUGUGCCAGCCAUCUCGCGUAGCGUCGCGGGGGACACCCUCCAUGCUGGGCGUGAUGUUAUAUUAAACGUAAAAGUAAAUAAAUUGGAUCCCGCAAAUAAUAAAAGCAAACCAAUAAAUUCGAACACAACACCACGCGCCCGGCACAGCAGGGAAGAGGGGAUAGUCCUCGAGCGAGCUGCUGCAGCCCGUUCAAAGUCACUAAGCAAACGGAAAGAAGAAGAAUAAGAAGAAGAAGACCGUGUAGCCAUUGGAAAGUAAAAGUGUUGAUGAAAUAAAUUCGUUUGCCUGAAGAGAA